GCGCAGCGCUGGUUGCCGCUGACGCCUCCCAGCAGCGGCAGUGCGGCCCUGAAAAGGUGCCGCUGCGUCAGGCACCAGGGUGAAGGUUCCUCUUGGUUUCUCCCCGAUCAGAAAGCAAGCUACAUUUUUACGUGUGGCCACUUUGGGCCAUGGAUACAGCCCUUAGCACUUGCAAAAUUUGUUUAUUGACACCGAGCUAACAAAGCGUGAGGCUGUUGGUAAAAGAAACAGUGGCCAGAUUGGUUGCAGAGUCAGAGUGAGGCGUGUUGACCAGUGAAUGCAUAGAGUCAAGAAGGUCAAACUUUGUGACAAUACAGAGGGUAUCUGGAAAAGCUGUGUGACGGUGAGCAUGACGGCGGUGGACGGCCUCUCGGACAGCACGGAGGUGGUGGAGAUGGAGGAUGUCCCGUCUCAAUUCUAUGUGGAGAAGCACUCCUGGGAUGGCCUCCGUGACAUCAUCCACUGUAGCAGGAAGUACUCGGGCAUGAUUGCCAACAAGGCCCCCCAUGAUUUCCAGUUUGUGCAGAAGAAAGAUGAGAAUGGUCCCCACUCCCAUCGGUUGUACUACCUCGGAAUGCCUUAUGGAAGCAGAGAGAACUCAUUACUCUACUCAGAAAUCCCCAAGAAGAUCCGGAAAGAGGCUCUCUUAGUGUUGUCGUGGAAACAGAUGCUGGAUCACUUCCAGGCCACACCGCACCAGGGGGCCUACUCCCGAGAGGAAGAGCUGCUGCGGGAGCGUAAACGUCUGGGAGCAUUUGGUAUCACCUCAUAUGACUACCAUGCCCAGACGGGCCUGUUCCUCUUCCAGGCCAGCAACAGCCUCUUCUACUGUCAGGAUGGAGGCAAUAACGGCUUCAUCCAGUCUGCUCCUAUAAAACCCGUGGAGAUCAAGACCCAGUGCUCAGGGACCCGCAUGGACCCUAAGAUCUGCCCUGGAGACCCUGACUUCAUCGCCUUCAUCAACAAUAACGACCUGUGGAUUGCCAACAUCAAGACCAGCGAGGAGAGGAGGCUCACCUACUGCCACAAAGGUCUGGAUAAUGUGAAGGAGGAUCCCAAGUCUGCGGGCAUCGCCACAUUUGUCAUCCAGGAAGAGUUUGAUCGGUUCACUGGCUACUGGUGGAGCCCCUCAGCAACAGAAGACCCUGAUGGAGGGAAGACUAUGUACUUGUUGUAUGAAGAGGUGGAUGAGACAGAAGUAGAGAUUAUUCAUGUUCCAUCUCCAGCACUGGAGGAGCGGAAAGCAGAUGCAUACAGAUAUCCUCGCACAGGUAGCAAAAAUCCCCAGGCCACCCUUAAACUGGCAGAGAUCAAGACAGACCAUCAAGGAAGAAUUAUAAACACGCAAGACAAAGAGCUGGUUGUCCCCUUCACCUCCCUCUUUCCUGGGACAGAAUACAUCGCUAGGGCAGGAUGGACGAGUGAUGGCAAAUAUGGCUGGGCAGUCCUGCUGGACCGCAGUCAGAGGAAACUCCAGCUAGCCCUUCUGCCUCCAGCGCUCUUCAUCCCGGUCACAGAUGACCCCGCUCAGAGGCAGGACAGUCUGGAGACUCUGCCCAGCAACACACAGCCAUACAUAAUCUAUGAAGAAACCACCGACGUCUGGAUCAAUGUCCAUGAUAUUUUCUAUCCAUUUAUUCAAACGACAGAGGAUGAGUUCACUUUCAUUUGGGUGAAUGAGUCUAAAACGGGCUUCAGUCAUCUGUAUAAAAUCACUUCCCUGUUACAACCUGGCUGCUACAAUUGGGCAGGGGAGUACCAACACAUAGAGGGAGACUUCAAAUGUGCAAUCAAAGAGGAGGUUACCUUGACCAGUGGAGAGUGGGAAGUACUGGCAAGACAUGGUUCCAAGAUAUGGGUGAAUGAGGCAACAAAGCUGGUGUAUUUCCAGGGCACCAGGGACACCCCUCUGGAGCACCACCUGUACGUAGUCAGCUACGACUCACCCGGAGAUGUGGUCAGACUGACCAAGCCUGGCUUCUCUCAUAGCUGCUGUGUUAGUCAGAACUUUGACAUGUUUGUCAGCCACUACAGUAACGUGAGCACGCCCCCUUGUGUUCAUGUCUACAAGCUGACUGGCUCAGAAAACAACCCACUACACAUGGUACCUGAGUUCUGGGCCAGCAUGAUGGAAUCACCAGGUUGCCCAGGAGAUUACAAUCCACCAGAGAUUUUUGACUUCCCAGGGAAGUCGGGCUUCCAGCUGUAUGGGAUGGUGUACAAGCCUCACAACUUGCAGCCUGGCAGGAAACACCCCACUGUCCUCUUCGUGUACGGUGGCCCACAGGUCCAGCUGGUCAACAACUCUUUCAAGGGGAUGAAAUACCUCCGUCUGAACACACUGGCCUCUCUGGGCUACGCUGUGGUUGUCAUCGAUGGGAGGGGAUCCUGUCAGAGGGGCCUGGAGUUUGAAGGAGCGCUAAAAAAUAAAAUGGGCCAAGUGGAGAUUGAAGACCAGGUGGAGGGGCUGCAGUACGUGGCAGAGAGGUUCAACUUUGUGGACCUGAGCCGUGUAGCUAUCCAUGGCUGGUCCUAUGGGGGCUUCCUGUCGCUCAUGGGCCUCAUCCAGAGACCCAAUGUCUUCAAGGUGGCCAUCGCAGGCGCUCCAGUGACUGUGUGGAUGGCCUACGACACCGGCUACACAGAGCGCUACAUGGACGUACCUGAGAACAACCAGCAAGGCUAUGAGGAAGGCUCUGUGGCGCUGCAUGUCGACAAGCUGCCCAGCGAGCCCAACCGUUUGCUGAUUCUCCAUGGAUUCCUAGAUGAGAAUGUGCACUUUUUCCAUACCAAUUUCUUAGUGUCACAGAUAAUCCGUGCUGGGAAGCCCUACCAGCUUCAGGUCUAUCCCAACGAGCGACACAGUAUCCGCUGCCCCGAGUCCGGAGAGCACUACGAGAUAAUGCUGCUGCACUUUUUACAACAAUACCUCUGAAGCAAGACGAGGGGAGAAGUGAAGUCCGGUCUCCCCUCUGUCCUUCUAUACCCCUCCAGCUCCUCGCCCAUCUUCACUGUCCUUAGCCCCCGCCCCCGUCCCCAGCUCCCACCUUGUCACAGAGACUAUCAGAGACGCUCCGCAGCCACAAGCCAUUCUCAACUACGAACUAGACAUCUCACUACUCAACUAUACUUCCUUUGUUCGCUCGAUUCUGUCUCUUGUUCUGUUACUUGCUCACUCCGUCUCCUCUGUGCCCUCCCCCCUGUGUACAGUCUGGGGUAUGGUUUACGAGGACAGAGUUUUGGUGUUUCACCCUGAAAACUGAACAAAGGCAGGCUAUAUGGAGAAAUAUUUGCAGGCUGCGUCACAUUGACUCAUCGCUCACCCACAUCCUCAUUUCUGGAACCAUGAUGUUUUUUUUUUGCCAAAUGUUUUAGUGUCAUUUUCCCUGCGCCCCACCUGUUUUAUUCACUUGAGUCAGUGGUAGGAACGGGGACACAGCUCUUGGAUAUGAAAUGGAACCUGUACACAUAUUUGCAGACAUGAGUCUAUACACAAGUACACACACAUAUGUAACAACACAUGCAGUUUAUUCCACAAAUACACUCAAACUCACUCAAACAGAACUGCAAUAUCCUUACAUACUGUGAGUGUAUACCUUGCAGGGUUGCGUAAUGAUGAAGAUGGGAAGAAAACCCAGGCUCUUCCUCUAUCAAGUGAUUUUAAGUGUGUAUUGUUUAAAAUAAAUACAUAUUUUUAUGAAUUUUUAUUCUUUUAUAAUGAGUGUCGAUUGAAGCCACUCAUUGAUUUUUUUUUUUUUUUGCGCCGUUUUCUCCCUUCACAUUACAUCGCUCAAGGUGUCUGCUUGCCUUCUUAAGACAUAUUUUAUGAUAUUUGCCAAAGUACCUCUUGACUCUUGAUCAUGCUGGUAUUUCCUUUUUUUACUGCUAUAAAGACAACAGGAGGGUGAGCACUGGAGUCUUACAACAGCUUUGUACCACCGGAAUACAAUUUGUACAUGAUAAUGAAUAAAUGUAUGAUGAAAUCACAUA